CCUGUACAGUGGGACAUCCCGAUCCCAACGCACUCCAUCAGUCCUGAGUCCUACUUCAGACGCUUGCUUACAUUUUCUCGGACAGGACUGGACUGGAAACCGACAGCUUUAUUUUAGUUGUCUGCUGCAAUAAUGUAACGGACCUCUGCGUGUGAUUAAAGUCAUCUCGCGUGUUAUGGAGUGUGAAGUCAGUGCUGAACAUCUCUGCUGCUGAUCCAGACACACACACAGCGCGAUCUCCUGCUACUACUGUUUUACUGUAGACUUCUGAGAUACAAAACAUGGGCAAACAUCUCAUCUGCUGUCGACUUUGGGCUCUCGUGGCUCUUUUCUCCCUCGAACACGUCUUGUCUUUUAAUUUGGACAUAAGCAAACCCUCUGUGUUUUUAGGACCUCCAGGAAGUUAUUUUGGAUUUUCUGUGGCUUUUUUCAAUCCUGAUAACAAACAAUUAAACAUACUGGUGGGUGCUCCCAGGGCAAACACUUCAGAUCAAACCCCCUCAGCGGUCACUGAGAGGGGAGCUGUCUUCAGUUGUCCCUGGAAUAAAAGUGGCAAGACAUGCACACAGAUUGAGUUUGACAGCACUGAUAACAAGAAAAGUUCCAAUGGACAACAAAUGGAGUUUAAAUCGAAUCAAUGGUUUGGAGCGACAGUGCGUUCCUCUGGGGACCAUAUACUGGCAUGCGCUCCUCUCUAUCAGUGGAGUACCUAUGGAUUAUCAGAUAGAGAGCCUGUUGGGACAUGUUUCCUGAAGAAGGGCAACAGCAUUGUGGAGUAUUCACCUUGUCGCUCCAAAACAUCAAGCACACCAGAGGGACAAGGGUUUUGUCAAGCCGGUUUUAGUGCAGACUUUGUGAAGAAGAAUCGGGUUGUUCUUGGAGGACCAGGAAGUUUUUACUGGCAGGGCCAGCUGAUCUCAGAUGACAUCAGUGAGGUCAUCAGCAGAUACGAUAAGGAUUCACUCGUCACUCCAUACAGUAAACAGUUAUCAACUAAGUCAGCCGGGGCUCAGUAUGAUGAUAGUUAUUUGGGUUACUCUGUGACUGUUGGUGAUUUUAAUGAGGAUGGUGAAGACGAUUACGUCACUGGAGUUCCUAGGGGCGAGAAGGCUCUCGGCUAUGUCAACAUUUUCAACGGGAAGAACAUGGAGUCUAUAUAUAAUUUCACAGGCACACAGAUGGCUGCUUACUUUGGUCAUUCUGUAGCAGCCGUUGACAUUAAUAAUGAUAGGAAGAUGGAUUUAUUGGUAGGGGCUCCUCUGUUCAUGGACCGUGGCUCAGAUGGAAAACUAAGGGAAGUGGGUCAGGUAUAUGUUUACCUUGGCAAAGGUGGCUUCACUUUCAGCGGUGCCGUUAAACUUACUGGCUCUGAGAUCUAUGCCCGAUAUGGAAGCUCCAUCUGCAGCCUGGGAGACCUCAACAUGGAUGGAUAUAAUGAUGUGGCCAUUGCUGCUCCAUAUGGAGGGCCGUUCCACCGCGGCCUGGUUUACAUCCAUAACGGGCGUCCCACAGGGCCCAGUCCUGUGGCCUCUCAAAUUUUAGAAGGGACGUGGGCGUCGACUUCCAUGCCUUCAAGCUUUGGUUAUGCCAUGCAUGGAGGCACUGAUGUAGAUCAAAACGGAUACCCUGACCUGAUUGUUGGCGUGUUUGGGGCUGACAGAGCUGUUCUGUACAGGGCUCGUCCAGUCAUCAGUGUGAACAGCACACUGGAUAUUAGUCCACAGAUCCUGAACCCUGAGGACAAGAGCUGUACUCUGCCGGGAUCAACCAAAAAAGUGUCCUGCUUCACUGUGAAAUACUGUUUGAAGGCAAGUGGCAAGGGAGCUCCAACCACUCUUAACUUUCAGUUAGAUCUGACCCUGGACCGCCUCAAACACAAGGGAGCCAUCAAACGUGUGCUGUUCCUACACAACAAGAUGUCUCACUAUUCGAAAAAUAUGACUGUCUCCAACAACGAGGGACUGAGCUGCGAGGAGCUUCAGGCAUUCUUAAUAGAUGACUCAGAAUUCAGGGAUAAAAUCACACCCAUUGCCGUCUUUAUGGAGUACAGCUUGGAUUACAAAACAGCAGCAGAUAAAACCGGCCUGUUGCCUAUUCUUGACCAGUCUACUCCUACAAACAUCACCAAACAGGCCCACAUACUCCUGGACUGCGGUGAAGACAAUAUUUGCAAACCAGACUUGAAACUGACUGUUGUGAGUAACCAGAAACAGAUCUACAUAGGUGACGAUAACCCACUGACCCUAGAGGUGACAGCAGAAAAUGAAGGAGAAGGGGCGUAUGAAGCUGACCUUAUUAUAACUUUACCACCUCAGGCAGAUUUAAUUGGGGUAGUACGGAACAGUGAGACAUUAUCCAGGCUGUCCUGUGCCAUCAAAAAUGAAAAUCAGACCAGACUGGUAGUGUGUGAUCUUGGAAACCCAAUGAAAGGAGGCACCAAGAUCGCAGCAGGAUUACGCUUCAGUGUGCAUCAGCUGUCUGAACAGGACACCCAAGUCAAGUUUGACUUGCAGAUACAAAGCUCAAACCAGUUCAAUAAAACCAGUAAUCUGGUGUCUGUGGUGACAGAGCUCGCUGUGCUGGCCAAAGUGGAACUAAGGGGGGUGUCUGCACCGGAGCAGGUUUUCCUACCCAUAGCUAACUGGCAACCGAAAGAAAACCCUGUUCUAGAGGACGACAUUGGACCUCUAGUUCAGCACAUUUAUGAGUUGCGAAACAGAGGACCCAGUACCUUCAGCAAGGCCAUUUUGGAUGUGCAGUUGCCCUACAGAUUCAACAAUGGUUCUCUGCUUUAUAUCACCAAAUUAGAAGUGGAUGGAAACAUGAAUUGCAGCUCAAACAGAGAGAUCAACCCUUUGAAUGUAACCAAUCCCAGAUUGGUUGACAAAAAUGAGACUUCUGGCAGAGAGGAAAGGGCAGAGGGAAGGAACCGCAGACUGCACCGCAGAGACCUGGAGGAUAAACAAGGAGAGGAAAACUUAGAGAUUCUGGAUUGUGGGACUGCUGAGUGUCAGGAGAUAAAGUGUUGGAUUGGGCGUUUGGAGAAAGGACAGAGUGCCAUUUUAUUUAUUUACUCCAGACUCGCUGUCAGCACAUUCCUCAAGGCUGAAAGUCAAAACAAGUCAUACACUGUUCGAUCAUCCGCCUCCUUCAGCGUGGUAGAAAUGCCUUAUAAAAAUUUAAAGUCUGAGCUUCCAACCAGCAUGACAUCAGCCUCUCUAAAGGUGAUUUGGGUGAAUUCAGAGCUCAUUCAGCCUGUUCCUGGAUGGGUGGUGUCUCUGGCUGUACUCGCUGGACUUCUGCUCCUGGCUCUGCUCAUCUUUGUCAUGUAUAAGCUGGGCUUCUUUAAACGUGUCCGGCCACCACAGGAUGACAACAUAGAAAAAGAACAGCUCCAGCCUCAGGAGAAUGGAGAGAAAAACACAGAAGCCUAAAGUCUUCAUCUUUAGCAGUUCAUUACAGCAACAAUACAAUAAUAGCACACCUGCAGGAGAAAGCCAGAAUUGCAGGCUAUUGGCACUACUGGUGAGAGUGAAAUACAUGCCUUAGAAUAUUUUCUCUUUAUUAGCAGGUCAGCAUUUCAAUGCAGGCAUCCGAGCGUGAUCAUGCUUACUUAGAAUCUGUGGACAUCCCUAAUGGUGCCUGUUGUUGUUGUUGUUUGAAUGGUACACAUAAGCAUAACAUGAAGUGAUGUUGAAAGAUUAAAGCCCUGCUUCCCUUCCUCUUCCACUGUGCGCCUUUUCUGUUUACCUGCACUGAGACUUAAUGAGGUUUGAUUUCAAUUGGGUGUAGAUAUUAAUACAUUUAAAGUGAUUUUUUUUUAUGUCUUAACCUGUAAUAGAUUUAAUGUUGAGGAACAGUACGUAUGCUUUGGUACAAAUUUCUGGUUUUCGUUCUUCUGUGGGAGAAACUUUUGUGUUGUUUUGUUAAGUGUAGCCAAAUUUCUAUUAUUUUGGACUCUUGGCAGCAGUUUUGGUGUCCUUUAUUUUUUUGGCAGUUGUUUCCGAAUUUGGGGAUUUUGACUCUUAUUUACUAUUUGGGCUUGUUUUAUUUUGAAAAAAAAAAAUAUUUUGAUGUUUGUCUACUGUAAACACAUAUUAGUGCAGGGAUUUUAUUUGGAUACAUUUCUAUAAAGAAAAAGAGAAAAUCUGUUUGCACAAAAGAACAGUGAAAUUGUAGCAUGUUUAUAUUUUGAACCACACAUUACAAACAGAACACAUUUAUGACCCUGGACCACAAACUAGUCAAAAGUCACAUGGGUAUAUUUGUAGCAUUAGCCAACAAUACAUUGUAUUGGUCAAAAUUAUUGAUUUAUGCCAAAAAUCAUCUGGAUAUUAAGUAAAGAUCAUGUUCCAUGAAGAUAUUUUGUAAAUUUCCUAGCGUAAAUAUCAAAAAAAUAUUUAUCAUUAGUAAUAUGUGUUGCUAAAUACUUCAUUUGGAAAACUUUAAAGGCGAUUUUCUUUUCUUUUUUUCAAAUAGUUGUAUAUCAUCCUAUCCUAACAAACCAUACAUCAAUGGAAAGCCUAUUUAUUCAUCUUUCAUAUGGCAUAUAAAUUGACCCUUAUGACUUGUUUUUGAUGUUCAUGGUUACAUUAAGGAUUCAUCUCAGUCAAGCAACCAGUAAUUUUUUACAGGUUAGGCACUACCGUGUUCUUAUAAAGAUGCUGCCAUUGUAUAAACCAUAAUUUUACAAAUUUGAAAGGAUUUUUAUUUGACUUAUGUUUAUUGAUUGUCUUAGUUAAAGGCUUUUCAUAGCAAUUUGUUUUUUAUUUUGACUGCACAUAUAAAAUAUACUGCAAUAUGACACCCAUCAAAUUACAAACCUAAUCUUGAUUUCCCAUUUUGCUGUAUUAUACUAAUGCUGCUGCCCAUAUGAAUUUGCCCAUAUUGGGUUGCCGAAAGUAUGUUGUCUAAAUGAAAAUUUGUUAACAGUAGUAAUUCAAUCAAGUAUGCUUUUAACACAGAUAUUAUAAGAUAUAUGUCUUGAGUUUUUUUUUUUUUACAAAGGUUGUUUGUAAAAAUGUCUGUAAAAAUCAAUAGAACUUAAUCAUUGUAACAAAAAUAUGUAUUUAAGAGAAUCAACCCUUGUUUUAAAAACGCAAAUCACUGCCUGGACUUAUUUUUCCUAGUAAAAUUUUCUUGAGUUUGUUCAGCAAUAUGUUGUUAAUGCUUCCAUAAUUCAAUAAACAAAUGUACUGGUGUAA